AUGCCACCUUCCAGGGGACAGCGACGAAAUGGAUCCGUCGAAACGGCCGACCUUCCCAAGAUGGCGGCGCCUGAGGCCUGGCCUAAGAUGGCGGCCGGUGGGCCGGGCCUCAGGCGGGGCCGUGAGGCGAUUGAGGCUGAGGGGACGAUGGCGGCCGGCGGUGGCGGCGGUGGUGGGCCCCCCUCGCUGUCCUUGCUGUGCAGCCGGGCCGUCACUGCCCACAUGGCCGCCCUGGAGAGCGAGGUGUGGGUUCUCCCCGGUCCGAUUUUGCAAGGCAUCUUGCCGCUGCUCAACAUCUAUUACCUGGAGAGGAUCGAGGAGGCUGCAGCGAAGAAAGGCCUCUCCACCCAGCCCAUCUGGCACCGCCUUUGGGACGACGUGAUGAAGACUCGGCCCACCGGCGCCGAGAGCGUGGCCUGUUGGCGAACCAAGUUCCUGGAAGCCUUCUUCGCCCACGUCCUGCGGGGGACCCUCGACCUGGCCUCGGACGGGCGCCUCCUCGACGGGCGCUUCUCCCCGCUGCUGCUGGGCUCCCGCUACGUCAGCCAGCUGACGGUGUGCAACAUGCUGCAGGGCGCGGCCGAGCUGGUGGCCCCGCCCAACCGCGGGGUGCUGGACAACUUGGCCGGCUCCCUGCGCACCCUCAAGUUCCGUCACCUGCUCUUCUCCGACCUGGCGGCCCAGCGCUGCCUCCGCCGCCUCCUCCACCGGCUGAUCCACCACGGCGCCGUCAGCCGGGUGGCCAUGUACUCCUGGCCCGUGCCCGAGACGGCCCUCUUCCUCCUCAUCCUGACCAUGAGCGCAGGCUUCUGGCAGCCGGAGCGGGGCUCCCCGGAUUCCCCCUGCAGCCUCUGCGAGGCGGGCCCCGGCCCGACCGCGGCAGCCGUGCCCCUCGGCGCCCGCCGGGAUUCCGGCGAGGGCGGGAGGACCACGGGCCUGUCCAGCGGCGUCUUCCCGGGUACCUCGGGAGCCUCUUCCAUCGGCGUCUCCCCGGGCUCGCAGGCGUCCGGUGCCCGCGUUUUCCCGGGGCAGUCAGAGAGCCGAGGGGAACCCCCGCUGCCGGCGGGGAGAGAUGCUCUGAGGGGUCCAGCCUGUGCCACCCGGAGGAGCCCCCCGCCGCCCCCCACCCCACCACCCUCCUGCAAGAGGUCCCUGCCCGUCUCGGCCCUCCCGUCCGAGCCGUGCAAGCGCUUCAAGCCGGGCUCCGGGCACAGGUGCCCCAGCCCGCAGGUGGACCCGGAGUCCAACGACCUGUACGACUUUGUCUUCAUCGUUGGCAAGGAGGAGGAGGGGAGGAAAGAAAAGGAAGACGAGGAGGAGGAGGAGGAGGAGGAGGACUGUGUCUUGCUUGCCCCUGCAAGGGGCAAGGAGAGCUGGCCGGCGGGGCCCGGCCUGGGGUCCCCGUGCUGUUUCCGCAGCGUGUCCACCCUGGAGCUGUUCACGGUCCCUCUGUCCACCGAGUCCUCCCUGACGCUGUGCCACCUUCUGGGCUCCUGGGUGACCCUGGAGACUCUGACCCUCUCCUACAAUGGCCUGGGCUCUAACAUCUUCCACCUCCUGGACGGGCUCCGGGCCCUGUCACGCCAGGCCGACUGUCGGCUCCACACCUUCCACCUGAGCGACCUGUUCUCGCCCCUUCCGGUCCUGGAGCUGGUGGGCUGCAUCCUGCGGGUCCUCCCGCGGCUCCGCACCCUCUCCGUGCGCGUCGACCACCCCAGCCAGUGGGACGGCCACGGGGGAGAGGAGGAGGAGGACGACGGCGGCGACGACCCCGGCGCCCCGGCCCGGGAGGUGGAGACCCCAGAGAACUCCCUGCAGCAGCUGGAAGUGGGGUUUCCGCGGGGGAGGCCGCAGGGCCCGCUCUUACGCUCCGUGUUCAGAGUCUCCCGCUCCCUGGAGCAGCUCUCGCUCGACAGCGCCGUAUUCCAGUCCGCCCAGGAGUUCCGGCUCACCCUGCAGACCCUCCGAGAGUGGAACCCGAGGCUGAAGUCACUGAGCCUUCACGACAUGAACCUGUCUGACUGCCAGAAAGAGGUGCUUUUCCUGCUGCAGAAUCCGGCCCUGCAAGAAGUCACGUUUGCUUUCUGCCGACUGCUGGAGAAGCACGCGAGCCAGUUUCUGCAAGAGCUCGUGGCCGUCCUGAAGGCCAACUCCACGCUCAAGGGGCUCCGGUUGCCAGGAAACCGGCUCGGGAACUCUGGCCUCCUCGCCCUGGCUGACGUCUUCAGCGAGGACUCUCGUUCGAACAUCGGCCAACUGGACAUCAGCUCUAACUGCAUCAAGCCAGGUGCGCUCCUGAGAUUUGCCAAGAGGCUGGAGGCCAGCAGCACACGGCGGGGAGGCCAGCCCAUCUUAAGCUACCUCUGCCUCUUCCAGAACUGGUUGGAUCAGGACCCGGCCCUGGCCCAGGAGGCCAUGCGCCGGCUCCGGGCCACCUGCGUGGCCAUCAGCGACGCGUGGACCACCACCCAGGCCUUCACCGAGUACAUCAGGGCCAUGUGAGCGCCGCCCCGAGCCGCGGGGCUCGUCCUGCCUCAUAAAAGUGGCCCACGUUUCUCAGG